AUGAGCGCUGUAAAUUCUGAAGCGACCACCAAUUUGUUGGCUGAAUUCCAAAAACUUCGUGGCGAGACCAUUGGACUUCAUUCGAUUUUCUCCGAGAAAUCUACAGUCGAUAUCUCGAAUCUCAAUGGAAAUACGACAUUGAAGAGAAUUGAGGAUUCCUGUGAAGAGUUGAAAAAUGAGAUUCGUGAGCACGUUCAGGUCUCCAGCGAUGAGCUCAAAUCGAUUCGAACAGCAAAUUCUGGUUUUCUGAAUAAAAUCGAAGAAUCGCUGAAAACUAGUCAGCAGGAAGCUCGAGAGGAUUUGAAGGCAAUUGAGAAGAAGAAUGAAUCACUGUUGAAUAAAUCGCUGAAUGAGCUGAAAUUCCAAAAAGAACAGCUAAAAUACGUGGAAGCUACUCUAAUUAGUCAGCAGAAAUUGAUCGAACACAUGGCGAAGGAAUUAACCGGAAAAUCCAUAUCCGAUAUGGUGAAAAACAAUGAGGACGACGGAACACAUUUUGAAUUCUCUCACACUUUCAACAGUGUGGCAACAUUGGAAAAGGGAGUAGAACGACGCAGUGAACUUAAAGAAGGAUGUGGAAGUCUCAAUUGGUUUAUGAGCAUCAAGCGAGAACGUCCUAGCAGAAAGUUACUCGUGUACCUAAACCUUGACUGUGAGAAGCUGCCAACAAAUAAUUGGAUUAUUGAAGCUGAUAUCCAAUGUACACUAAAUCAGUAUUAUUUCAAUGAAUGGGUUAGAAAAUUCGAAAGAAAAGAAGAUGCAAUUUUCAAAUGCGAGAAUGGCGAGUACACGGACAAAUUGGUAUUUAAUUUUGGUGAAUACGAAGAAAUAUUGAGAACAUUUACUAAAAAUGGCGUUUGGAAUAUUGAGUUUGAUGUGGAUAUCAUCAAAACUGUCGGUCUCAGCAAGAAGAAACUGAGAUGUUUCGAUGAGUCCGCAGCAGAAGUGUCCGAUGCAGUGAUGAUUGUUAAGGAUGAGAAGUUUCAUGUUUCCAAGAUGUUUCUCGCCGCUCAGUCAUCAAACUUCAAGCUUCUCUUCAAAAAUUCCAACAAUUCUGAGUUUACUCUGGAUGGAAUCAAUUCAGAAGAUUUUCAAUGUUUCCUGGAACUUCUCUACGGGGAACCAGCGCUGACUGGUAGGCUUCUGAAUAACUAACAUAUUUUUUUGGAAAACAAAAUGUGGUGAAUUUGUAU